GGAACCACAUGUUGUGUCAUGUUGGUGACAUUGUGUCUGCUUUUUGGGGCCGCUGUCAGGCCCCAGCCAGUAGCAGGAUUUGAUAUAGAUAUACUAUCCGGCGUGCCACGAGACUAUAAACUGCAGUAUCUAGAUGCUGAGAUAAGAAAAUUUUCCUCCAAAUACAUAGGCAAGGACUCCAAGGUGGAGGUUGGAAAAUACAAUAGUUCAUUGGCGAUCCUCAAUGGGACACUACAUAUACUCAAAGACUUACCACCACAAACAACAGUAGAAUUUGAGGCUUUAAGGAAGGAAAACAACAAUGCUUAUACUUCAGGACCUUUCAAGACUCCAAAAAUGUCACUUUGCAAUUUCCUUGAGCAGAAACCUCAAUUUGCUGGCACAAUUACAAAGUUUGGAAAUGCUCCCAAAGCCUGCCCUAUACGUGCGGGCGUCUAUCACGUUAUUAACGGUUGGAUUGAUGAAAAUGACUUUCCGCCAAUGCCAAAAUCAAUCCCAGAGUGGCGUGCUGAUGUUACGGUUAAAAUUAACAAAACUGUCUUAUUAAAGAUGUCAAUAUACAUUAGAAUAGAGUAGUGGGUUGGUACACUGUGUUGCAGAUACUCAUUAGUGUCUUUCUUCCUUUGUGAAAUGUACUUCACAGCCUGAAUCUGUUUUGCAAUGCUGUUUGAAGGAGACAAGAAUAAAGGCAUGAGUGUCAACAGGAGCUCAAUAAACUAGGCACUUGCCUCCCUGGAUUAAUGUAAAAGCUAAAGAAAGGACAGAAACAUAUUAAAUAUUAAUAAUAAAAAUUAUGUGGUUUAAAUAUAUAUCCUUCCAUCUUCAACAAUAUAAAGUGACCAGUAAAAACAGUCUUAAAUGGCUUAAGUAAAAGUUUGUAAGCCUUUCUCUCGUUGCCCAAGAAAAAUCCUGGUGGCACCCAUGCACUUGGAGCACAAUGACUGAUCCUAUUAUAAAUGCAUUAUGCAGUGUAACUAAUGUGUAUUGUGCACAACUAUGAAUACACAUAUCACCCAGCAUUA